AUGGCUCUUCGCCUCUCACUUCUCCAACUCUCUGCUGUCGCCGUCUUGGUCUUCUUUUCUCUUCUUCUCAACGGUGGAGAGUCGGCUACAGCACCGGAUGCGUGUGUAUCGGACGACCACCACAAUACACUCGCUGAGUCGUUCCCGAACAACGCCACGGGCGUUCUCAAUGCUACGCUGGCCAUCAUCCCGAUCCCAUUGGAGACAGCUCGCCGUCUGAUUCCGCCCCAGUACGGCAUUCUCGAGCGAGCCUAUCGCGCCCUCGUGCCAAACUUCCCCGAGGGCAUGUACCCUGUCAUGGUGCAGGCGGCUCAUGAUCAUGAUGUUCAGUUCCGGGCCUAUGGUAUCACUAUCGAUGACUUCACACGCGUGGGGUUCGAGUUCCCGUUCUUAGACCUCACCGGCGACCGCUACUCCUCUUUCCGCUGGGCACCGGCGCAGCUUAUCAGUGCCACAAACGGCAUCGCAUUGGAAGGAUCCCGAGCGUACGGCACCUUCGUCUCUCCCGCCGAGUUUGAGCCGCUCUGCGACGCCUACCGACGGUUGUCCAAAGAUACAACCUACUUCAGAGGCUCCAGCCUGACCUCGUCAGAGUUCGUAGAGCUCGAGAUGAGGCGCCUUCCUCACUCGGCCUCCGACCCCUAUCCCUUGGAGCUGUUGAAGAACAUCACGAACCAGCCCACCUUCGCGAACGCCACAUCGUGCGACAACAUGAUCCGGCUGUUCAACACGACCAUGUCAGUCGGCGAGCACGCCCCAGCGUCCGUACGAGGCAGGGUCAGGGCCCGCGUCUUCCCGUUCGGGGGAGUAGAGCAGGAGUGGACCGACGUCUAUGGCGUGCAGGUGGCGACGCCGUUCAUCGAAAAUAAUUACCUCGACUGCCGGACCAUGAGAGGAUACUCGGGGACCGCCGGGCCGGGCGACUCGUACAUGCAUGGCGGUAAUUCUAAUGAUGAGCUGUGA